AUGUCUCAGAGCUUUAAGUUGAUGGACAGCGAGGUAGGAGAGAGAUCAAAGAACAAUGCCGGCCCUACGACGUCAAUGAGCUGUCGUGAGUAUCAAACACCUCAGUGCGACGCCGUGGGAUCUACCACCGUUGUCUCUGCUGUAACCCCGGAGAAAAUCAUCGUAUCUAAUUGCGGCGAUUCACGCAAUGUCCUUUGCCGUAAAGGCGUCGCAAUUCCUCUAUCUUCCGAUCAUAAGCAAAUUAUAGAAAUUGAGAAUAGGUCGAAGUUGAAGGAUGAUUCUGUUAUAUUUUUUGAGAGAAUAUCAUGUGAGGAAUCGGAAAAAGUUGAGGAGAUUAGCUUCGACAAGAGCAGUGAUACGACACCCUGUCAACUCAUCGCUCGAUGCUUAUGGUUUUUGUUGUUGCUCAAUACCGUGAGACAGCAGCAGAACACUGCAGCAAUAGAGUGA